AUGCCCAGCUAUGUGAAAUUUAUAAAAGAGAUUCUGUCCAAGAAAAGGAAGAUGGAAGAUUAUGAGACGUUGGUGCUCACCGAAGAGUGCAGUGCAAUAUUGCAGAGGAAGUUGCCCCAAAAGUUGAGAGAUCCGGGGAGCUUUACUAUACCGUGUACAAUCGGGAAGAUUGAAUGUAUGCAUGCUUUGUGUGAUUUGGGGGCAAGUAUAAAUUUGAUGCCUUUGUCUGUAUUUGGAAGACUUGGUUUGGGGGAGGCUAGUCCUACAACAGUUACAUUACAGCUAGCAGAUCAUUCAGUUAAGCACCCCAGAGGAAUCAUAAAGGAUGUCCUUGUUAAAGUGGAAAAAUUCAUUUUUCCGGCAGAUUUCAUAGUAUUGGAUAUGGAAGAAGAUGAAAAUGCCAAAAUCAUUCUGGGAAGGCCAUUUUUAGCUACUAGGUGUUUCAAAGUUGACAUGGUAGAGAAAGCAGUGGCAGAAAUUAAUCUCACAGAGGAUUCACUUCAGAGGAGUUUGACAAUUGAUGAUAUAGAUGCUGAGUUAGACAGUGAAGUCCAAGAGUGUGUAUAG